GAUGCGUUCAGGGACCCCAGAGUUCAUGGCUCCAGAGAUGUAUGAGGAGAAGUACGACGAGGCCGUGGACGUCUACGCCUUCGGCAUGUGCAUUCUGGAGAUGGCGACGUCGGACUACCCCUACUCUGAAUGUCAGAACGCGGCCCAGAUCUACCGCAAAGUCACCAACGGAGUCAAACCAGACAGCUUCUUCAAAGUUAAGGUUCCCGAGCUGAAGGAGAUCAUUGAAGGCUGCAUCCGCACCAACAGCAAUGAAAGGUUCACGGUCCAGGACCUGCUGGACCACCGGUUCUUCCAGGUGCAGCAGGGGGAGCAGCAGGGGGUCCACGUGGACCUGGCCGAGGACGAGGACGGGAAGAAGGCGGCCCUGAAGCUCUGGCUCCGCAUGGACCACAACAAGAAGCUGCACGGGAAGUACAAGGACAACAACGCCAUCGAGUUCCUGUUCGAGGUCUACAAGGACGUCCCGGAGGAGGUGGCCCAGGAAAUGGUGGUGCUGGGCUUCGUGUGCGAGGCGGACUAUGUGCUGGUUGCCAAGGCGAUCAGAAGCCGAGUGACCGCCAUAAAGCGCCAGCGGGAGAAACAGCGCCGCCUGCUGGAGGAUUCUGACCCCGCCCCCCCCACACCUCAACCCGCAACUACCGCCGGGGGGGCGGCCAAUCAGGACCUGUCUCCCUGGAUACAAGCCCCGCCCCCCAACUCCUCGGCAACCGUGACAUCAUCGACGGCCGGAGACGGAGAAGGAGACGAGGACGAGGACGAGGACAACACAGCCAGAGAGACCUCGAUGUCCUCAGCCGCAUCUCAGG